UCUCGCCCGUUCCAGUUGUACCGGCGACUGCUCCCAAACACGUUGCCCACUGCGAUCUUCAUAAACAUCGAGCAUAAUUGAAUCAUCUGCAUUCGUCAGACACUUUUCAUCAACAUGAAGUGCCUCUUACUGUGCCUCUGUUUCAUCCUCGCUUUGUGCAUUGCCAAUGGUGAUGAUGAUAAAUUACUGGAGAUAGAAUCACCAUUGGGUAAGAUCAGAGGAUCAUUGAUGGUCUCGCGAUUGAAGCGGAGAAUUCACUCGUUCCGCGGUGUCAGGUACGCGGAACCACCGGUUGGUCAGCAGCGUUUUAAGCAAGCCAUCCCCGUGAAACCUUGGAACGAAACUUUCGACGCGAGUGAGGAAGGUCCCGCCUGCCCUCAACCAGCUAUAGAACAUCAAUCCGAGGAUUGUUUACGUCUCAACGUUUAUACAACGCAGUUGCCGACAGCAGAUUCUGCAGUUAAACGACCAGUAAUUGUUUAUUUUCAUCCCGGCGGUUUUUAUGGAUCAUCAGCGCAGAGUUUUAUCGUAGGACCUGCAUACUUUAUGGAUCAGGAUAUUGUACUCGUGACGGCUAAUUAUCGUCUUGCAUCGUUAGGUUUCUUCAGCACUGGAGAUUCAUUAGCACCUGGCAACCUUGGCCUGAAAGAUCAGGUGGAGGCGCUGCGCUGGGUUCAGAAGAAUAUCGCGAGUUUCGGUGGGGAUCCCGAUUCCGUGACAAUAGUGGGUUACAGUGCAGGCGGAUGGAGCGUUACCCUCCACAUGGUUUCACCGAUGAGCAAAGGAUUGUUUCAUCGAGCCAUCGCCAUGAGUGGUUCUGUUACUUAUCAGAAUCCACUGCCAACGGAUCAGAAACAUCUGGCGAAUAAGCAAGCGGAAAUCCUUGGGUGUCCCACGGACACUACGGGAAAUAUGCUCAUUUGUCUCAAUACUAAAACGGCCGAGGAAAUUGGAAAUUCUACUCGACAGUUCUUUGAAUGGCAUCGCGAUCCAAUUUUGGUAUGGCUUCCAGUUGUUGAACCGGAAGUUCCGAGUGUCGAGAGAUUUCUCCCUGAUCAACCCAUGAACCUCAUCAGGCAGGGAAAAUUUCAUCAAGUACCGUUGAUAACUGGAAUCACUAAAGACGAAUUCGGUGGGAGAGUUAUCCCCGCUGUGGAAGCGGCGAGAGCUGGAAAUAACACAAUCUUCGAUGAUAUAAAUGCCAAUUGGACGAGAAUUGUUCCGAUUAUUGCUCUCUACGAACGGGAGACAGCUAGGUCUGCAUCUGUGAGUGAGGAGUUGAGACAAUUCUACCUGAAGGGGAAACCUGCUGGUUUGGAUAACUACCACGGCCUCGCUGAGAUCUGGGCCGAUGGUGUCAUCGGUUUCUCCGUCCACCGUCUCGCCAAAAUGAUGGCCGAAUUCUCCAGUCAACCUGUGUAUUAUUACAAAUUCUCUUAUCAAGGACGAUACAGUCACGCAAACUGGGCCGAUAAUACCACUUACGGUGUUGUUCAUCACGAUGACUUAUUGUACCUAUUCAACAUCAGUUUCUUUCCAUACUUCGAGGAAAAUUCUCCGGAAAUUCCCACUGUCGAGAGGCAGACCGCCAUGUGGGCGCACUUUGCUAAAACCGGUGAACCGAUACCCAAGGAUAAUAAGCUGUUUGCAAACACAACAUGGACCAAAUUUACAUUGAACAAUAAUGCUUAUUUGGGUAUUGGUGAUGAACUCACAAUGAAGACUGGCUUGUACGCUGAGAGAAUGAACUUGUGGGAGAAAUUGUUUCCCUUGAAUGCACUGCUGUGAACAACUAUCUCUCAUUAUGUUUAUCCAUAUUGUUACUACUGAAUUUUUGUUUUAUUAUUAAUUAUUAACAUGUUGCAGUAUGGUGUAACGAACUGUAUGUUUAUGAGUAAAGUAACUGACCGAGUAAAACGAU